AUGGGCAACAGCUCUUCAGUUCCUCGUACGCAGGUCGACGACGAACAUCUACAAGAGUUCACACAUACCAAUAAUGACACGAGACCCACUGGGAGAAGUUCCCGUCUCGCCCGAAGAAAUGUCCACUCCAUACGCGCCGCAGGACAACGAGCCAGUACUUUUUAUGAUUCCUUCCGCCGCCAUCGUUCCUUCGAGUCUAUGCCGAACCCUAAUACUUCAGCAUCUCCCGCCCCUCCCGAGAGCGAGGCCGAGUAUGAGCAGGAACACAGACCUCUAGUUGGUGUUCAGGAUGUCGAUAUGCUGGACAUGUCUCCUUCUCACCACGGUGCCCGACGCCGUUCCACGAUGUCCAGACUAGGUUCAAGAGUGUUGCCCGACUCAGUUGUGCGUGGCUUGCUCAGUAGCGGCGAGGAAACCGCUGCUGAAGGACGGGCCUUACGUUUGGGUAGCACACCUCCAUCGAUGAUACAUGACCGCCCGGGAAGAGACCGUCCAAGUUAUGAUAGCAACAACCGGUUAUCCUUGACUGAUUCUAUAUCCAGGCUGGCUGACUCUCAUCCGUAUGCCAUUUCUCAUCCACUCCCACCUGCUUUCCCUGUCAUAUCAGAUUCCAGUUCACCAUCCCAAUCUGGGUCUGUCACUCCACGCAUUGAUACACCAACACGACUUUCUUCUCCCACCAUAUCCUCCCUCCGAUUUCGAAACCGCUUCGGUAGAGUUAGAGACUCUAUCUCACUUCCCUCCCGCAUCUCCAGCCUGUUUGGCCGGUCUUCCGAACAGCUACAGUCAACCCAAGGCUCUCGAGAAUCUGUCGCCAGGCCUCGUGUCACAUUUGCUGACGAAUCCGAUCAUCUUCUUCACUCAUCACAUCCACCCGAUCAUCGGCAUGACACCGACGAUGCUCCACACGAACUUGAUGCCGUCGAACCUGAAGCGAGGACAUUGCUCUCAGGCCCAAGAGUCACCUCAGGCAUGAGUACUAUUCGCCGGUUUCAGCCAGGAUUGCGUUCUCGCUCCACCCGCCUAAUUCGUCGUGGUGAACAUCCACCGUUGUCGCAGGUCCUCCAGCUUGCUGCAGCGGCAAUAGCCGCCCAGUUAUCGGGGCACGCAAAUGGUGGUCACUCCGGAGGUCGUCAUUUGGGCGAGACUUUCGACGGCAGCAUUCAAAAUUUCGUCCAGACGCUCCAAGAUGCAGCCACUGCCCAGGCUGGUGAAGCUAUCGACCUGAAUUCGAAUGACGGCGAUCUUCCUCCCGUCAACUUUAUGAGAGUUUUCCAAUUUCCAAAUGAUGAAAAUGGUUCUCCCAUCGCAGCCCAAGCCCAGUCAAGGGAUGCCAAUCAGAUGGAUUUGGACUCGAUUACUGGGCCCGGAGAGAACGAUCGUUCUGUCACCCUGGUGUUAGUGGGAGUCCGAUCACUUCCGCAUGGCCAGGACAGUAACAAUGGUGAGAACGGACCUCUGGGUCCAAGUCUCGACACUCUGUUGAGUCUGCCUUUCCUCCCUCCCGCGAAUGUCAUGCGCAAUGGAAGCUCUGGGGCUUUGUUCCGUCGUUCUGACGCCAGUGCUCGAGUGCGACCUAGCCAUCGACGUCACUCCAUGACUAACUUCAGCUUCCCUGCUCAAUAUGAAACACAAAGGCACCAACGUACUCGAGCGAGUGGCUCCCGAGCCUCAAACACGACUGAUCAAAUCUACCCCACAACUCCCGAUGCGAAUAGUGUGCCCAAUCUCAUCUCAGAAAGCCCACCAGGCCCAAAUCCUCCACCAUCCACUCCAGCAGACAUGAGAAGUGGACAAGCUUCACCCAUAAGACGACCCUCAUCUGCUUCAGCUGUGCAGCCACCAAAUCUUCCCGACCUGGAAGAAGACCGCACUCAAGUACCACCUGAGAAUCCAUCUUCACCUUCCGAGUCGUCGUUCAAUAUCGCUCGUCAGCGAAGACGCAGUGACUCGGAGUUCGCCCGUCGUCCAGAGCUGGGAUCAGGGGCUGCAAGAAGAAAUGGGAUGGUAGAGCCCGACCCCCCUCCAGCUGGAGUCGGGAGGAGCUGGUUGAUAUACGUGGUUGGCACAAAUGUAUCACCUGAUCAUCCGGCAUUCACUAUGCCCAGUCUUUUCACGGAUCAUCCCUCCUACGAAGACAUGCAGAUGUUGUCAGCUCUUCUCGGACCAGUCAAGCCUCCUGUCGCCACGCAGGACGAUGUAGGGGCUUCUGGUGGUCUCUUCCGUCUAAUGGUUCAAGAUGGUACGCUAGUUGGCUCCCUGGUUGGAGAUGCGGUCGAUUCAGAGGAUGGCCAAUCCUUGAUUAUCAACCUUGGUGAGCGGUGCUUGAUAUGUCUGUCUGAUUAUGUUGCUUCAGAGGAAGUGCGUCGUCUUUCAAAAUGCCAGCAUCGCUAUCACCGUGAGUGUAUUGAUGAGUGGCUCACUACUGGCCGAAACAGUUGUCCAAUGUGCCGAGGGCAGGGUGUCCGCGAGAACGGGACCACUUCAGGCACCAGCUCAGGGACGCAGCCAUCAACAACGAUUUGA